AUGCCUGCAUGUGCUGCGUGUUGGCAGGCCUUUCAAGCAAGCCAUCGAGUAGCGCCAACGGUUCAUCAUGUGCACACCGUGCCGUUGCGAGAGCCGCAGUCGGGCUUCGGGGGCGUCCGCGGAAAUUUGCUCUCUGUCCGAGGACAUUUUGAUAUAAAGCGCCCACCUGCGGCAGUUCCAUUCUUUGAGUUUGAGCAAGUUAGGGAAGAUCGUUCAAGCAAGCUUUUGUCGCCCACUCGCUCUUCUCGAAUCCUCAACCCUGCCCGGCCUCUCGAGCAUGGUUCACGUUACGUCCUCGCUGGCCCUCGUGGUGCCGGUACUAUCUCUCUCCGUCUUGGUCCUCGCUGGCCUGCCAACCCUCGUGGGUACGCCACCGACUACUGCCAGACGGGCAUCUUCAAGCAGCUGCUGCCAUUGAGCGCCUACCCACCAGCCCAGGCCUUCUGCUCUGCCAAGUAUCCAGUCUCACCCAGGACUGUAUCCACGACACAAACAGUCACAAUCACUGCGAAGAACCCCAAAAGGACGUGUGGUACUAAGGCACGCAGUGCAGAUGUCGAUGUGGACGCCCGCGGUGACAUUGCGCCACUGCUGGGCGAGCUGCAGCACCUGGCCAGCGACGUGGUCCGCAGUGCCUGUGCCUGCAUCCAGACGACACGUACUGUUACUAGGACUACUACAGCCACAAAGACAAAUACAAACUCUCCCACGGGGACAACUGGUCCGAUAUGCCCGGCUCCAGUCACCUUGACGGCGACUGUCACGGCGCCGGCGUCGACAAUUACAACACCAACCACCCUCACCGAGCCCAUCACCAUCACGGAGCCUAAUACAGUAACGGAACCUGCCACCAUAACCGAGCCCACGACCAUCACAGAGCCUACGACAAUCACAGAGCCCACUACCACAACCGAGACUAGUGUCUCCGUGUCAGUGUCCGUCUCCGUCACCACAACCACAACCUCUGUCAUCUCAACCCCGACCGGCACGUCCUGCGCCUCACAACCUGCGGUCUUCCGAGCUGGUGGCGAUUGUAGCUGCCGCUAUGCGGCCUUUUGCUGGAACGCGCCUACGACCUUCAGCUCGCGCUGGCCCGGUCGCGGGAUCCCCGCGGGUGCGGGCUCGUACAUGGCUUGUGCCAGAUCGUGCGACGACAACUUCAGUUGCUAUCAUUUCUCGUGGAGCCCGAGCACGAGCGAGUGCUUCCAAUACAACAGAAUCACCGCGUGGAAUGUCCAGCUCAAUGGUAAUUACCUGGCAGAGCUCGAGCCUGCGACUCAGGUCGGUGUCAGCUUGAACGAGCAUGAAGCACGUCAUGCUCGUUGGAUGCGUCCUCAAUACUAUGUUAUAGUAUCUAGAAACUCGGUACUGGUCAUACUUCGAAUUCAACAUGUGCACAAGGAUGUGUUGGUGAAGCAACUACCGCGCACCCCCAAUGAGCUCCACGCCCGCGUCUAG